AUGCAUCAAACUCCCACUGAAGCCUCAGGUAGUUUUCGGGCCAGUGGUAGCUCCUCUGAUGAGCUUCAAGAGCUAGAUAGAUCGUUGAAGCUGCUCACUGGUCUCAUUUCGCAAUCAAAUAAAGAAGGAUAUGAAUCCUCCAGGUUGAAGGCUUCUAUUGGAACAGCUCUGUUUAAGUAUGUGAUGAGAUACGCACCAGAAGACAGUCCAUACUUUAAUCGGGAUCGUUUAGUCGUGUCAGGACGUAGGUUUUAUUGCCAGUGUCUAGCUAGCUGUUUCUCUGCACCAGCUCACAUGCCUCCUAUAGAUUAUGCUGGCAGAUGGAAAGGCUUGUUUAAGCAUCUCAUCGCAGCAAAGGGUAUCGCCGUCGGCCUUCCAGAUAUUGCCAGCGUCUUUUCUAGAACAACAACUCCUCACUGUCACUCAAAUCAAGCAAUCCAGAGUGCUAUAGGCCAGGCAAUUGCAUUGAAAAACCUUACGAUGCUCUACAACAAACCAGAUCUGGAGCUUGUAGACAAUAUGAUUUGGUGCAUCAUUGAUGAUCCCAAGUUCCAGCAGGGCAGUGCUCUAGAAGCAGUCGCUCUUGCCGGUAAUUGGAAGCUCAGGAAUCUCUGUGUCAUUUAUGAUAGCACGUAUGAUUCAAUAAGCAAUAAUCUCGAAGUUAACAACUUCAAGACGCAUGGCUGGGAUGUAAUCAAACUGGUAAAUGACGAGAACUUGACUAUCGCCACCAUAUAUAUGGCCCUCAACAAAUCAAGAAGAAGCAACGCGCCAACCCUGGUCAGUAUCCAAAUGCCAAACCGUUCCUCGUCACACCAAGUAGACUCUCAUCUCAACAACAAUCCGCUCCAUCUCCCACAAGAGCUUUACGAUAUCUUCCUAAACGUAUCAGCAAAAAGCAAGCUUUACGAGACCGAUUGGCUGGUGAGGAUGAGGGAAUACAGGGAGCUGUACCCAGCGGUCGCCAGGGAGUUCUGGUGCCACGUUGCCGGCAGAUCAGGUACCAUAACUCAACACCAACGUGCAUUUACUAGCCCGAUGCCUCUACCAAUAUCUUCCUUACCAGCUGAGCAGUGGUCCCGGAGAAGAGAACGCAGAUCCUUCAGAAGGGAUGACUUUUCACAGCAGCCAGACAGGCGUUCGAGGCCGGGGAGGACAAGGCCCGAAACCUUCCAUAUCCGCCCAUGCGACGCCGAAGAAGCUGCAGGGGCUUUUUUGGUGUCCAUCAGAUCAACCAAGUUACCAACGACUAUUUCAUUGCCUCUCAAAGGCGCCACAAGCUUUCCUGGUCACUCGUCUCGUCUAGGUGUGACAUAUGGAGCUUACACGUUCUCCAAAUGUCACGACGAGGACUUUGACUUGACUCUCAUAGCCGCCGGAGUUGGUAUUCACUAUGCAAUGGGCACACAAGAGCUUCUCAUAGGGGAAUAUGGUUUAAGAGCCAAAAUAGUGUCAUGUCCCUGCCUUAGGCUAUUCCAGCUGCAGACAGAGGAAUAUAGGAAAUCUGUCCUUUGGCCGCAGAGCAGGAAACCGACCGUCGCAAUUGACUUUGGGAAUAGCCAGGGGUGGAAGCCUUAUGCAGAUGCAUUAAUGUUGUUGGAAGACGGCGCGAAUGUAGAGACAGAGGCUAAUAUGCCUAAGAGGAUUGGGCGCAGGAUCAGAGAUUUCGUUCAAGAGUUUAAAGAGAGAAAUGCCUCUUAA